CAGUAAAAAACAAAAAUGGCGCCAAUUAGUGACAAAAGACGAAAAUGCCCUCAAUUAUUGUUUGUCAACGAAAAUUCAGUACUCCUCCACUGUCUGCUUCUUAAACACUUGUCCCUGAGACCGUAUUCUAAGUCGCCGGGAAAUAUGUCGUCGCUCAUCGACAUGGCCGAGGACCAGCAUGAACCUCUUAUUCUCCAAUCACCUCCCCCGCCACAGUACAAAGACUCCUCCGACUAUAACGACGAAAUCGUUCCCUGCUCACUGUCUCCGGGUCCCGAUUCAUCGCCACCUACUCCCGCCGAUGAUAAUCAACGUCUCGUAUCUCUUGACGUCUUUCGUGGCCUCACCAUCGCUUUGAUGAUAUUGGUGGAUGACGCCGGAGGAGCUUUUCCGUCAAUAAAUCAUUCUCCAUGGUUUGGUGUAACGCUUGCAGAUUUUGUAGUGCCCUUUUUUCUUUUUGGUGUUGGUGUUUCUAUCAGUCUAGUAUUCAAGAAACUCUCCAAUAAACCAAGAGCUACAAUGAAAGUACUGCUGAGGGCAAUUAAGCUCUUUCUAUUAGGAUUGUUACUUCAAGGUGGGUAUUUCCAUGGGCGUAGCCAUUUGACGUAUGGAGUUGAUGUGGGCAAAAUUCGUUGGUUAGGAGUGUUACAGAGGAUAUCAAUUGCUUAUUUACUAGCUUCAAUGUCAGAGAUCUGGCUUGUUAAAAACAUCAGGGUUGAAUCUCCAGCAGCAUUUAUAAGAAAAUACUACUCUCAAGGGUUGUUUGCCAUCUUACUCUGCUCAGUUUACAUGCUCUUGUUAUAUGGUCUUUAUGUUCCAAAUUGGGCUUUUGCAGCUUCCCAUUUGAACUUGUCUGGUUAUGCUUCAGAAACUUUAGCUGUCCAUUGUGAAGUGAGGGGAAGUCUUGAACCUCCUUGCAAUUCUGUCGGUUUGAUUGACAGAGUUAUUCUUGGAGAAAAUCAUCUUUACCAGCGUCCUGUUUACAGAAGAACAAAGGAAUGCAGUGUUAAUUCUCCCGACUAUGGACCUCUUCCACCAAAUUCACCAGGGUGGUGCCUUGCGCCAUUUGAUCCCGAGGGCAUUAUAAGUUCUCUGAUGGCUGCCAUUACAUGUUUUGUGGGAUUGCUUUACGGGCACAUAGUUGUGCAUUUUAAGGGCCAAAGACAGAAGAUACUUCUGUGGUCCUCAUUUUCAAUCCCCCUUAUAAUCAUGGGAUUCAUUCUGGAGGUUUUAGGCAUUCCUUUUUCAAAACCUUUAUAUACUUUGAGCUACACAUUUCUGACAGCUGGAGCAUCGGGCUUGUGUUUAACCAUUAUCUAUUACAUUGUCGAUGUCAAAGUGAUUAGAAAGCCUACUAUGUUAUUGCAGUGGAUGGGGAUGAAUGCUCUCAUUAUCUAUGCUUUGGCUGCCUGCGAACUUUUCCCGGCAGCUGUGCAGGGUUUCUAUUGGCAGUCACCUGAAAACAACCUGGUUGAUGGCACGGAAACCUUAUUGCAGGCCAUACUACAUUCAAGGAAAUGGGGUACCUUAGUGUUUGUAAUGCUUGAAAUUUUAUUCUGGGGUGUCAUCGCUGGUUUUCUUCACAUGAAAGGCAUAUACAUGAAACUAUAAAAUAAUUCUUUUACACGUAUAUAACAGCUUGGAAAUAGUGGGAACAUAAAACUAAUAUACAGAUUUCUUUACUUUAUUGCACAAAA